UUUUGUCUAUGGUCAUUCACGUCUAUUACAUCGGCAAUGGUUUCGAUUUGCUUUAAUACGUGCUGGUCAAUAUUGUACUUCAUUUGAAGAUUUCAAUCAUGAACGACUCUAUAUUGAAUUAACAUUUUUAGCGAAUGGAUAUUCCUUAGAUUUCAUUGAAUAUCAUUUUGCACAAUUCUUAACAAAGUUCAAUUCCACACCACCACAUACUCCAUUCAAUCUUAAUCAUCUUACAUAUGUUACAUUGCGCCACAAUUUAUUUCGUUCGAUUGAACAAGAAAAACGUCAUAUCAUAGAAAUACAACAAUUGCAAAAGCGGCAUCACCUCAUUGAAUUAAAUUACCUCUUUGAUUGGGGUUCACGAUGUGAAUUUAAACGUCAAUUUCACGAAUUUUGCUCUCAAAUACUUGAGCAAGAUCCGAUCUUUAAAACUUAUGGUUUGAAAAUACGAUUAAAUUCGAAACAUUGUUAUUCAUCAAAUACUCUUUUUGCUAGACCUACCAAAAUUUGA